AUGUUAAGAACUCCAAUUUCUAAAAGAUUUGGAAACUCUUAUAUAGAAGGAGGAACUGUAAAAAAUAAAUAGGAAGAAACCCCAAUUUCAACUGAUAGAGAGCUUAUAGUCUCCACAACAGCCCCAGACACAAAAUAUUAUAUAUAUUCAGCCAAGCAUUCAAAAACAAAAUCAUCACAUAUUGAAAGGACACCGCUUGAUGAUAUUACAAAUUUAACUGAAAUUGAGCUUUUAAAGAGUGACUUGGAAAUUGAAAAGGAAAAAAAUGAAGAACUAGAAAUCAAACUUGAGCAAAAAGCAAAAGCUUUAAAUCAAGCAUUAGAAGAAAUUGCCCAGAAAAAAACUGAGUUUAGGAUGAUGAAGAAAAAAAUCACUGAAGCGGAGGAUGCGCUGAAAGAGGAUGGGGAAAUUUACACACAUUUUACAUAAUUAAAUUACAAAUAAUUUAUAAUAAUAUAUCCCAGUGAAAGAUGAGAUUGAAAAAAAAGAAAAUCAAAUUGAAAUUUUGAGAAACGAAAAUGAAGGGCUUCGAACGGAGAUUGAAAAAAUAAAAGAAGAGAUAGAAAAUAUAGAGAGCUUGCAAAGAGAAAAUGAAAGACUAAAAUCAAAAAAUGAAAAAAAUGCAGAAUUAUUGAAAAAUCUGAUGGAGGAAAAAGAAAACGCAAAAUGUAAAGAGGUUGAAAUGUAUGUAGAGCAAGUAGAAAACUUCAAAAGUUCAUUGCAAGAAAUAAUAGGGAGAGAUAUCAUAGAGAGCAAUAAAGAUAAUACUGAAAUGGAACUGCAGACGCUGUUUAAUGAAGCCCUUGAGAUAAUUAAAGGAAAUGAGCAGGCUAGCACACACAAAGAAAUAAAUUUAAGCGAAGAUAUAGAAUUAGAAUGCUCUCCAGACGAUAUCAAAGCAGCUGGCAACAGAGUUAAUGAGAUAAUCAGUGAAAUGGAAGAAUUUGGGUGUCCAGUAGAAUUCACCUUGCAAGUCGGCUUAGCGUCAAUCAGAAUCAAAGUAAACUAUGCAGACGAAAUUGAAGCCCAAAGGCUCUCUUUGCCCAUUUUUUCUGAAUAUCUAAAUAUGAAAACCCCAAAUAAAACUGAAAAAAUUAACUAUUUAUUGCAAGCCAAGCCACCUAUUAGUGAGUCAUUCACUGAUAGAGAGUUUAUUGAAAAUAAAAUCGAGGUAGAUUAUAUAGCUUAUUCUCAUCAGUUAGAAGAAGAAAUAAUUAGCCUUCAAUCAAAAAUUUCAUAUGAAAACGAUAGAGAUGAUAUGAAAGAUAUUUUAUCAAACUGCAUUCAUGAUGCUGCCCAAGUAAGAAUUUAUGAGCUUGAAAUGCUUAUUGAGCAACUGAUCUCAGAAAUCGUUACAAAAAAUAGUGACAAACAAGAUAAAAGCUACUCCAAUAUUUCUCUAACCAGCUUGCUGGAAAAUUCAAAAAUCGAUCAUCCUAAAGAGCAGCAUCAAAAGUUCAGUUCAAACUGUUCUGAGCAAGAUUUAUCGAUUUGCCUUGAUCAAUCUAUUGCAGAUCCAGCCAGAAUCACUUUUCAAAAGCAAGAUGAAAACUCUUUUGUGAUGAACGAAGACCUCUCAAAGUCAUCAAUUUUUAUUGACUGUAUUGAUUUAACUCAAAAUAAGUUCCAAAGAAACUCAAAUAGCUCGACUGCUUUUUCUCUCGACAUCACAAAAGAUGAUUUUCAUAAAUACCAUAGAAACUCUAGUAAAUCUACAGCCACAACUUUAGAUUCUACCAAAGAAGAAUUCAUAAAAGAACAAGAAAAGUUUCUAGAGAAAAAAAAGCUCUUAAAAGAAAAAAUAAAAGAAGUCAAUGAAAGGCAAAAGAAAUUGGCUGAAAGAGAAAAGCAGUGCUCAGAAAGACUGACAUAUAUCACAGUGCAAGAAAAAAAAUAUGACUGUCAUAGGAUUGCUUUAGAUGAAGAAUGGACACGCAUGGAUGAACAGAGACAAGAAGUGCUAAAAUGUAGAAAAAUCAUUGACGAAGAAUGAAAAGUACUUAAAAAAGAAACAGAAAAGCUAGGAUGGUUUAAAAGCCAGGAAAAGAAAAAUUGCGAAGGAAAAGAAGACUUGGAGAGUAAAAGAUUGAAACUUGAGAAAGAUUUAUUAGAAUUUGAAAACGAAAAAAUGAGAAUAAAAGAGAUUAGAUUAGAUUAAAAGUUAAAAUGAGUCUUCGGAGUUUAUUUCAACCCUCCCAGCAUUCACUGACUUCAGACUCCUCGCUCUAGGCAUUGGGUUGCACUUACGCCCUUUUCUCGAAGUCACCAAAAAAUGGUGACGUCAGCAUCUCUCAUGAAGACGCACCCAUAUACAUCCUUGGAUAACUCCUAGCAGUUGGUACCUUCUACUCAAAGAUUGGAGGUAGGAGGCAAAUCUGAAUCCUCCUUAUCUUCUCCAUUACUCUUCGCAUCCAGAAGGUUGGAGUUGUCUUGCGGCCUCUAGCCUACUUGCCUAUGGGUCGGGGUAAAAAAAAAACUUCAUGGAGUUCCGAUCAGGAAAAAAAAACAUUAUGGGUACAAAUUUCUAGGCCCAAUCCCUCUUAAACCCAAAAAACCCGAGGGUAUGGAGAGGGCCGGAUAAGUCACUAUUUAAUUUUUGAUGAGAAUAAAAGAAGAAAAUAAAGAAUUGAUUACAAAAAUUAAGAAAUUUCAAGCUGAAAAGCGUGAACUUUGUAUAGAAAAAUCACUGCUUGAAAAAGAAAAGAGAGAUUUGGAAGAAAACAGAAGAGAGUUAAGCUUGAUGAUUCCAAAUAUAAAAAGGCUCAUAACUACUCCUAAGUAA